CAAGCAGUUUAUAAAAAUUUUUUUGCUGAGAGAUUAAAACAAAAUUAUCUUGAAGAUACAACAUUUAGAUUAUAUUUAAUGCAUAGCCAGUUUAGCAUUUACAAAACAAGAUAUCGGUAUAAUUUUUAUAUUUCCAUCAAAAAUUUAUUACUUUAG